AUGCAACCAAGCCCUUCUGCAGCUACGGCAACCACAGUCUCGAUACCCAGCCCCGACGACUCUGGUUAUUCUGUGCAAGACCUGUUCCCGUUGGUCGGACAAACAAAACCUGCUGCUUCUAGUCAAGAUGGCAUUAUUGAUCUCCUUGGUGCUCCAUCGUCACAGUUCCCGAAUCCGUUCGAUGAAAGUAAAACGACGGAAUGGGACCUUUUGCUCUCGCAGUGUGAUAUACAACAAAGUAGCGAUCUCAUUUAA